UAGCGCCGCUGGGAGAUUUCCUUCCGCUCUGAGGAGUUGGCUGGGCCGUGGAGCGGGACUGCGGCUGAGGCAGGAAGAGUGGGACCCGUGGUGACAUGAAGCAGUCCCGCCGCUGAGCCCCCAUUGUCCCCACUUCAACGUGGGGACCCACCAGGAUGAGCAAGCUGCCCGGUGAGCUGGCCUGUGACUUGGAACGCAGCCUGCCAGCCCUGGCCUCCCUGGGCACCUCACUGUCGCACAGCCAGAGCUUCGCCUCACCACCUCCGGAGAAGCGCAGGGCCAUCUCUGACGUCCGCCGCACCUUCUGCCUCUUUGUCACCUUCGACCUGCUCUUCAUCUCCCUCCUCUGGAUCAUCGAGCUCAAUACCAACACUGGCAUCCGGAGAAACCUGGAGCAGGAGAUCAUCCACUACAGCUUUCAGAGCUCCUUCUUCGACAUCUUCGUUCUGGCUUUCUUCCGCUUCUCCGGGCUGCUCCUGGGCUAUGCCGUGCUGCGGCUCCAGCACUGGUGGGUGAUUGCGGUCACCACACUGGUGUCCAGUGCAUUCCUCAUUGUCAAGGUCAUCCUCUCUCAGCUGCUCAGCAAAGGGGCUUUCGGCUACCUGCUCCCCAUUGUCUCAUUUGUCCUGGCCUGGCUGGAGACCUGGUUCCUUGAUUUCAAAGUCCUACCCCAGGAGGCUGAAGAGGAUAGAUGGUAUCUUGCUGCCCAGGCUGCUGUUGCCCGUGGACCCUUGCUGUUCUCUGGUGCUUUGUCUGAAGGCCAGUUCUACUCUCCCCCAGAAUCCUUUGCAGGGUCUGACAAUGAAUCAGAUGAGGAAGUCACUGGGAAGAAAAGUUUCUCUGCCCAGGAGCGGGAGUACAUCCAGCAGGGGAGGGAAGCCACCGCAGUGGUGGACCAGAUCUUGGCCCAAGAGGAGAACUGGAAGUUCGAGAGGAGCAAUGAGUAUGGGGACACUGUAUACACCAUUGAAGUUCCCUUCCAUGGCAAGACCUUCAUCUUGAAGACCUUCCUGCCCUGUCCUGCUGAGCUGGUGUACCAGGAAGUAAUCCUGCAGCCUGAGAAGAUGGUGCUAUGGAACAAGACCGUGACCGCCUGCCAGAUACUCCAGCGGGUGGAGGACAACACCCUCGUCUCCUAUGACGUGUCAUCCGGGGCUGCAGGCGGUGUUGUGUCCCCCAGGGACUUUGUGAAUGUCCGGCGCAUCGAGCGCCGCAGAGACCGCUACCUGUCGUCUGGCAUCGCCACCACACACCUCGCCAGGCCCCCCACGCACAAGUAUGUCCGGGGAGAGAAUGGUCCCGGAGGCUUCGUUGUGCUCAGGUCAGCCAGCAACCCCCGAGUGUGCACCUUCAUCUGGAUUCUUAACACGGAUCUCAAGGGCCGCCUGCCUAGGUACCUUAUCCACCAGAGCCUUGCAGCCACCAUGUUUGAAUUUGCCUUUCACCUGCGGCAGCGCAUUGGAGAGUUGGGGGCCCGAGCGUGACCAUGCUCCCACGCCACCCUGCAGGCCAGGGUUCUGUCGCCAUAGCCUCUGGAGCCGGGAAAGCAGAACUGUUUGGGUGUCCUGCUGCUCAGGAAGGGCUGUGUGCUAAACAGCGGGUGGCACCUCCUUCCCUGGUUGUAGCCUCCCUCUGAGCCAUACUGCCCGGGAACAGGUUCCUGAGCAGUUGUGGGGCGGAGUACCUGGUCUCAGGGUUGCCCUAGACUGAAGGAGCCUAGACUGUCUUGCCUUGUUGGCACAAAGCCCCUGGGUUCUGGAGGAGGAGACUCUCCCCCGUGCCUCUGUGGGGAUCUCAGACCUGCCCACAGAGGACCUGGACUUGGGUGGGGCAGGGGGACAGCCCAUUGCCAGUGUGAAGUUGACGAAGCUGUCCAUUCCAACUGCCAAGGUGGUUUUGUACCAUUAGUGAAAGGGUCUGUGACCCUCUUCCAUACACAUUGUGGGGUGUAAGGGCAGGUGUGGUGACGAGGGACAGCGCCGCCUCUCCACCUCUCCACGUCCUUCCCCUCUCCCAAGGCCUCCUUGGGGAUCUUUGUAAUAAUUUGAGCCGAUUAAAAAAUUCAAAUAAAAAAUAAAAAUGC